AUGCCUCCCGCUCAAGUCAAAAGUAAGGCUCAGAAGGCCGCCGCUGCCGCCGCUGGUGGAAAAGCUGGAAAGAAGAAGAAGUGGUCAAAGGGUAAAGUCAAGGACAAGGCCAACAACGCCGUCGUUCUCGACAAACCUCUUUUCGACCGUAUCGUAAAGGAAGUCCCAACGUAUCGAGUCAUCACCGUCUCCACCCUUAUCGAUCGUAUGAAAGUCAACGGUUCUCUUGCCCGCCGAGCCAUCGCCUAUCUCGAGGAAGAAGGUCUCAUCAAACCUGUCGUCGUCCACCGAGCCCAGGUCGUGUACACCCGUGCU